AUGGCAAACCUUGCAAACAGUGUGUCCCUUCCUCAAUUGACAAAGAAAGUCAACUUUGAUAAUUGGAGUGUGCAGAUGAGAGCUCUUCUUGGAUCCCAAGACGUAUGGGAUGUAGUGGAGAGUGGGUACGAAGAACCCACAGACGACGAAGGACAGACGGCUGCCCAACUUGCAGCGUUGAAGAAAACGCGUGUGAAGGAUAAAUCAGCUCUAUACAUUUUGUACCGAGCUGUGGAUGAAUCUGGCUUUGAGAAGAUAGUAAAUGCAAAAUCUUCAAAAGAAGCGUGGCAGAUUCUGGAGAAAGUAUACAAAGGUGACAACCGAGUCAAGCAAGUCAGGCUCCAAACUCUCAGAAGCGAGUUUGAAAGUUUGAGAAUGGAGGAAAAAGAAAGAGUAUCCGAGUAUAUAUCUCGGGUGGAAGCAGUGGCAAAUCAAAUCUGUAGAAACGGAGAGGAGUUACCAGCCAGCCGGGUUGUGGAGAAAAUUCUGAGAUCGUUAACAGAUGAUUUUGAGAGCAUUGUGUGUGCCAUUGAAGAGUCAAAGGACUUGUCAAAACUCUCGAAACAAAAUGGGUUUCAGCCCAAAUGGAAGGGGGUGCGAAUGGAGUUACGCGUGUGGCAGGAAGAGAAGGGAAGCAAACCGCACCAGGCCCAAGGCCUCUUAACCCUAAUCAGAAACCCAUUAGGGGUUCCUCCAACUUCAUCUCAUUUGUGUGAGCAACGCCGAGACCCAGGUCUUCUCCUUUGA